AUGGCACCAUAUACAAGCGAAGAAAUCUGGUACUACCUGAAUAUCAUUCGAAAUUCGAAGACAAACAACAAAGCUGAAAUCCAUCGAAAACUUUUGAAUAUGAGAAAAACAAAAGAUGAAAGAUGUCCGAACCGGAAGACAAUUACUCGUUGGGUAGACCGGUUCUUAGACGGCAAUAGAAAUUUCAAAAGAAAUACGGAACGAAGUCCAUCUCCAACGAUUUCCGUUUCUCGAUCAAAGACUCCAGCAAGUAGACAAGGAAUAUCUGAUGCGGAAAACCGAGUUAAACUCAAUGAGCAAUUGGCUGCUCUGGAACUAAUUGUCAGGAUCGCUCCAAAUCUCUCGCUCAAGGGACUCGUAAAAUUCAAUACCACCGAUACUCCUCUGGAACAAGUCAUGUUCAAUGUUAUGGCUCUCAACUUCGCCGUCAAAAAUGGAGCUCCAAAUGGAACAGAUUGA